CCUUACGCGAGCAUCCCGCGCCACCGAGCGAUCCCGGGGCGUACUGUGCGCGUUUCGCUCUGUCCAAAUCUGCUUGUGUCAUUGCGGGGUUUUAGUGAAAGUGUGAAGUGUGUGCUGAAAAACAGGCGGUACAGCCAAAACACACGGUGUGGUGGUAUUGUACGGUGGGUGCUGCCACUGUCACUGAUUGGCAAUCGGCAUUUUUCCGGUAAGCGUUGUGUUUGGGUGUGUGUGUGAGGGUGUUUGUUUUGCGCGAAACAGGGCCAACGAUUGAAAGGAGCAAAAUUGAUCGAUGCAUCGUGCACCCUGUAUCCCAUCUGUGCUGCACCGCGGCACCGUGUGUGACGGCGUGAAGCGUUCGGAUGCUUUAGUGUCUGGUGUCUGGCAUCAUCUGAUUCUGGUGUGAUACUAACCGAUCGAUGGGUGGCGAUGGAUCAGGGCCACAGUGCCAAGCUUUCUGAUGUGGUGUACGUAACACUGGUUUGUGCUUCAAGUUGCGUGUGUGCAUGUGUAACACAGUGUGGUUAAAAAGCAGGAUAAUAAAAGAAUGCGAGUGUUAUUGUUGAGCGAAAAGGCUGUUCGAAACUAAUCACCACUGAACAAGAAUCCAGCUGCACCAUGGUUAAAAAUCGUUCCAUGUAACAAGACCACGCAAGAAGCGUUAAAAAGUGAAGAAAACCCUCUUGCACUCCUCCACCCAAGGUGUUGAUCAUACUAUUGAGCAUUCGCCCUGAGGGGCCCAUUCCGCUGCGUGCGCGCCUUCGUAAAUAGGGACUCGUGAAAAAACAAAAGCUCCGAACGAGUGGGCGAGAGAGCAAUAGCAAAAAAAACCGAGCUGGCACAAAAACCUGUAGCUGAUAAUUGCAUUUUAAUUAUCCAGUCCUUUCCUCCGGACCGGAUCAUCCGAAAACAAAGUGGUCAGCGGCUGAUGGACGGCUCGUAGUGUGCGUGUUGCUUACGGUGGGUAAAUAAUCAAACGCGCGUGAUAGAGAGAGAGAGAGAGAAAGUGUGAGCUUUUAAUUGAUAACGCGAAGCUUCCCUUCGUGCACAGGCAGUGGUGGUGGUGGUGGUGGUAGUGUGCACAGCUGGCGAUGAUGCUGAUGAUGCCGGCGGAUGGUAAUUUGCGCGGUAGUAGUAGCAACAGUAGCAGCAGUACCACAGCCGUGCCAGUAGUGGUGUGUCCGUUGCCCGCGUGCCGAAGGUAAGAAGCCCGUUCCAGUGCGUGCGUCGUCCGGUCGAUUCAUUAGGAAGUCAUAAAAUGAAGCGCCUGUGUGCAGGUUGACGAAAAGGAAGAAAAAAGGCUCUCCGGAAGAUUGAGUGAAAAUACAGUGACGCGAUCUAACGCGGUGUGUGUGUUUGCGUGUGUGGUGUAGCUGUGUAUGUGUGCCGUGGCCCUUUUUCAAUGCCGAUGCGCGUCGAUAACUAGACGAGUGUGCGAAGUAAAAACGUGUGGAUGGUGGUGUUGGUGAGAGGUUUGAUUAUUUCCGCACAGCAAGUUGUGAAAUUGAGAGCUGCCAGUGUGACGCCGGUCUCUUGAGUAAGUGUUGAUAAUCGUUUAGCCAAGUAGUACGGCUCCUUUGAAAGUGCAAGGCUAUUGACGGUUGCGGACUCGUUGAUCAAUAGAGCAUCUUUUUGUGCUGACAGCAGUUUGUAGUAGGCCGGUGCAGUACUUGGAGUACUCUUCGUGCCUGCCUUCCAUUAGACCCGAUAGAGGGAAGCGAUCCAAAGCACCCCUGUAUCAAGACGAUUACGGUACGACGAGGGGAUCAGACCGCGAGGGCGAUGGGCGCACUAAACACCGCCCGGUGGUGGCAUCAAGCAGAUCCGGCUACAGCUAUUAGUGGAAUGAUGGUGGCUGCACGAUCCAGAUCGGCCGCCAGUGGUGGCAAAAACAGCGUCCACACCAACGGCGACGGUGGCACUAACGAGAUGGCGAAGCGCAAUGGCCGCCGAGCCAUCGUUACCGUAAAGUGCGCCGGCGACAAUGGCAGCAGCAGCAGCAGCAGCAGCGGCGGCAGUGGCAUCAUCACGGCGGUCGCCGGCCAUCGAAGUCAACGAGGCGUAGUUAAUUGCUUUCUACGAUUUAUUUUCCUUCGCAACAUGUUCAUCCUCCUGGUCGUCAUCAGCGGGCUGCUAGUGUCAACGGCAGAUGCGGUCAUCUCCAGUCGUGGAAGCAGCAGCAGCAGCAGCAGUAAGGGCAGCUCCCCACCAAACAAUGGAUUGGUGCCGCGGUUUAUAUCACGGGGUCACACCUACCGAGCCGUCGUCGGUGACACGCUGGUACUUCCGUGCGAGGUAGAAAAUUUAGGAACGCUCGUACUGCUGUGGCGACGAGGCUCGAAUGUGCUUACCGCUUCGCAGCUGAUGGUUACCCGUGACGAGCGGAUACGGCUUGCCAACGGGUAUAAUUUGGAGAUCUCCGAGCUGGAACCGCAAGACGCCGGUGACUACGUCUGUCAGAUCAGCGACAAGGUCAACAAGGACCAGGUGCACACGGUGGAAAUUCUCGUGCCACCGAGUGUGCGGGCCAUUCCACCGACCGGUCAGGUGACGGCACGCAAAGGAGGCGCCGUAACGCUCGAAUGUAAAGCGUCCGGUAAUCCGGUCCCAUCCAUCUACUGGACCAAGCGGACUGGAACGGGCAAAUCGGCUGCCAAGAUCGGCGAAGGGCCCGUACUGUCGCUCGAGCGCGUCGAACGUCAGCAGGCCGGUGUGUAUCAGUGCACCGCGGACAACAAUGUCGGCGAACCGGUCACCGUGGACAUGCGGCUGGAUGUGCUCUAUCCGCCCGACAUCAGUGUGGAAAAGUCGUGGAUCCAUUCGGGCGAGGGAUUCGAGGCACAGCUCGAAUGUAUCGUGCAUGCUGAUCCGCAACCGACGGUCUCGUGGAAUCAGAACUCAUUUCCGCUGCAGCCAACCGACCGGCGUACGAUGUCGUCCAGGGGCAACCGGCACACGCUCACCAUACGCCACGUGCAGCAGGAAGACUUUGGCAACUACAGCUGCGUUGCGGACAACUCGCUGGGCCGUUCGAAGAAGUACAUGGAGGUUUCGGGGCGGCCAGGACCGGCCGAUUUCCUGUCGCCACCGUGGAGCCGCUCAACAGACAGCUUUAACCUGACCUGGAAAGUCGAGAGCUACCCACCGCUGCAGGAGGUCCGGCUGCUCUACCGGAAGCUGAUGAUGAACGAAACAUUCCAGCAGCCUGGCCGAUGGCACGACGUCAUCCUAACGCCCGCCCCCCGGCCCCCAUCGGAACCGUUGACGCACGUGAUGGCGUUCACAUUGCGCGGGCUGCAGCACAGCUCGGUGUACGAGGCGAUCGUGCAGGCGAAAAAUCGCUACGGCUGGAACGAGGUGAGCGACAUCUUCCAGUUCUACACGCAGCGAAUAUCGUCCGACAUACACUCGGAGGAGAUGCAGGUCGCCAGCUCGACGUCACGCUCCGGGGCCACCACGCUACACCGGACCGCAACACCGGUCGGAACGGCCUGGACGCUGCUGACGCUACUGGCUACGCUCAUCCCUUGGCUGCUGCUGCACGGUGGCACGCUUGCCGAUCGCUCCAAGGUCAGCAACUAAGCAGCGUCAGCAUUGCGAUCAGCACCCGGAUGUGACCGAAGUAACCGACCCGUUCGCGAGCCGAUGUUUGCGGACACGUUAGACUGUAAGUUUUCUUUACCGAAUGGGGGACACCAUAAACCAAAAACCGGGGGAAGGAGGACUGCUGCACCCGGGAGAGAGCUGCGUUUCACCAACCCCCUUCCCCGCUGCAGCCGUGUUCGAUCGUCAUCAGAACGUGCCAGCGCAGAAAAUGCUUCUUCAAUAUCAGCCGUCAGCUUAAUUUGUAACGAGCAAUUCCAAAUCAUCCUACGUUCCAACGAGGGCUGGAGCGAAAGGACAGGUCCAGACACUCCCAAGACGCACACCGAGCCAAUACAAUCGAUAAGACGUCCACCUUGGCAGGCACGGUCGCGUGACGGGCAGACAAAACUGAACCGUACUUUGAUAAUUAGCUAGAGGGCAAAACAGGCUGGCAAGGCAAACUAAAGUCUGUGUAUCAAAGCAGAAGGGGGAGAAGGGGAGAUGAUGCAGCAAACGGACACCCAUAUAUAUGCCAAAGAUUCGAUACAAAGCACUCACACACAUACGCAGAGCAAUUUUCUGUGCGCUUUUGAACUUUCCCCCCGUUCCCUUCCCUGUGUGCGACCUCCUGCCUGAAAAGAACGGUCCUUUCAUUAUGUAUAGAUGUAUAUGUGUGUGUGUGUGUGUGUGUGUCCAACUUCGUACUAGUUUAGGAGAUUGAGGGAAAGGGCUCACCUUAGAAACUUUAGUGAUGCUUGCACAUUCGGUCACCGCCGGCCCGCCGUAACUCUCGUGUAUAUACUCGCAUACUCCUUCCCAUGAUGCCCUGUGACGCUAGGGAACCGCCACCAUCAUCUGCCACGCAUCUCAUUGAGCGUCACACACACACACAACCGUGGAGGGCGCGACAGAACCUCCUCCACACAAGGGGACUGCCGAGCAGCAGAUGGAUGCCAGGAAUGUUAGGGAACAUCGAAAACUUUUGCUUGUACCUUGUACUACCACCACCACCGGUGGUCCACCUCGCUCGUGAAAUCAGAUAGGUGACAGACAACGGCCAAACGCUGUGACACACGACACAGCGAACAAAGUUGUACGAGCAGCCAGGCCUGGCAUCAUUACUAAUGCAACAACGACAGGCAAAGAAUCGGCAACGAUCGUGGCGUGACGUGCUGGCAGUGGAAGUGUGCCGGCGCUUUGCCGAAUGUCUGAAUGCCGGGUUGUGUCCCCAGUGUCCCGUGUGUGUGUGUGUGUGUGUGUGUGUGUGUGUGUGUGUGUGUGUGUGUGUGUGUGUGUGUUUGUGUGUGUGUGUGCGACUAAUGUUUAGAUAAAGUCUUAAGCAAAUUAAAAUCAAUUCGGCUGCGCGUUUCGUGUGUAGUGUUUCAUGUGGCGCGCGUGUGCGCCAUAUGCUUUUCACGUUGUCAAAAGAACGAGCGAGAGAUUCGCUACGACCUACCAACAUCUCAUGUACCCAAUCAACCUUCCCCGUACGGUGUGAACGCCAGCACAUGAUACCACUUUUUGAACCCCUCGUACACGCGCACACACACACAUACCCACACUCCGCCGGGAGGGAGCCUGUCUUUUGUAAAUACAUUUUAAACCAUUGUUUUGAUUAUCAAAAAGUCAUCCUUUUGCCGUUCGGCGCCACCUUUCCCCCAGGGUGGGGGCCUCGUUUAACAAAAACGCCCACGGAACGUUUCAAUAAUGAGAUAUGACGAAGUUAUUACCCAUCGCACACACACACACACGGAGAGUAGCGGCGGAAUUGUUGCAAAGGAUCGCGGGGAAACGCUCAUGCCGUCACCGUGGGCCGGGGAAAACUUUCCGAAAAUCGUUCCAUCGUUGCAUCUAUCUCUUUCGCUUCCUUUCUCUCUCUCUCUCUCUCUCUCUCUCUCUCUCUCUCUCGCUCGGUCUCCGUUUCUUGGGAGGCAGUGCAGAAUCAAUUAAAAUGUGAAAAUACACAAACACUCGACGAGCGAACUGCUGUGCUGCCUUUCCAACCAUUUUUCCAAUAUCGACUCAGCCUACCGAGGCUCCAGGCACACACACAUACACAAGCCAAACCAAGCCCACUCACACACCCACUUUGUUUUCUCUGUGCGCAAGUUUGGCCGCUACUGUACCCACAAGGCUUACAAGGACAGCGAUGCGGAGCGUGCCCGAUCGUAACUCGAGUUUGCCUAACGAUCACACCCUGCAGCUGGAUGUUGUUCUGCUACUGCCCGCCUGCUGUUUUGUUAGUAGACAAUUUGGCAAACUUUAUCAAACUUUGUCCAGCUUUCUGUCCCCCCCUCUCUCCUCCCUCUUCACGUCCAGUUGUUGCGCGUUCCAGCCUCUAACCAUCACAAAUCAAACGGGCCAAUCGAUUUGAAAAAGGGAAAUAUUGUACCACAACUUGCGCUGUGCGCUAGACAGCCCCGUGGGUUGGUGAGGGAUUUUAAAACGAAAUUAGUAUUUUUUCCUCUGCUAAAACUUUAAACACAAAAAGAGGAUGGUCUCUUCGUCCCACCCUGAGGGGAUAUUUUUCGGCUUCGAUGAAGUGAGGACUUGCCUUCGAGCGAGGAUAGGAUUAGCGACGAUUCCGCUUGCGCCCUUUUUGACGGACGGACACACGGGGCGUUAUGAUUUUGCAUCAAACGUCCACUGCCGACGUGCGUUUUGUCUCUCCCGGGGCUGCACAUUCUUUUGUGUGGUUUUUAACACUUUAACCCCACCCGAAGCCCGGCCCCCUCCAUUGGCUUUCCCAAAGGAUCGGUUCGGUCCUUAAAAGGAAACUUCUCCAAGUUAUGUUGAGCGUUUUUCUUUCCACUUGGGUGUGUUUUUUUCCUCGCAUACUUUUAAUCCAUUUGUAUGCGCGUGUUGGUGUGUGUGUGUGUGUGUGUGUGUGCCAGAUUCAUCCUUCCGUUUUACACUUCACGUUUCUUCUCGCACGAUAAUCGGGGCUUGAUCCAUGCGGCCAGAAUCCAACACGUCAAUGCGGUCGGAUUCUGUGUGUGGCUGUGUGCGGUGUGGUGCGGCGGUGGUGUGUUAAAAGUUUUUCGGCCCGGUCCAUAAAACUUCCGGGCCCAACAUUAUCUUACGUCCGCAUCCGGCAGUGCGGCGGGACACACGGAAGCGAGACACACUGGCAGGAAAGCUCUCGCCCAAUGCCAAGAAAUGUUCGGGUAACCCCUUUUCUUUUCACAAAGAAUUUGGGGAACCAAAGCGACUAAACAACCAAAAAAAAAUCUCCUCCCGGAAACGUGCUGUCACACAGCGUUCGAGGUGACAUUCAUUCAGUAGGGCAAACUGGAGCCACAAUGGGAAAAGUAGCAUUAAAGCAAAAAAAAACAAAGAAAGAGAUAAAGGGAAGAAAGUCGGUGGAAAGGGAACUGCAGCAGUGUCGCGCACUUUUGAUGCACUCAACCGUGAAUAAGCCCUUGGGUUGCCGCCGUCGCCAUCGCCGGCCAUGAUGAAUGGGUUUUGCCGGUGAUGGGUUUCAGUUUUUGGGAUGCGCCAACUUUUCGUUCCCCGUAAACCCUUUCCCCUUCCCCAGGGGGUUUCGGUGGCAGCGCCACGAGUAGCAGCAGUCGGACGGCAAAGCAAAGCAGCUUUUGGGCCAAAAUUUAAACCGACCUCUCAAUCAAAACGGCUCAAUUCAAUGCGACAGCAAAAGAGCGGUUGGUCUAGAUUGCAUGUUCAUCCACCUCCCCCCGCGGUAAAUGACCCUUCCCCCCCCUCCCCCUACGUUUACCAUUAUAAUUGCUCAAAGAAAAACGAAACUAAGCCCUGUGGCCGCACUCGCAAGCAUCGUUCCAUUUCGGCCGAGUAGAACAAUUAAGAAUCGGAUCGUGUUUGGAAAUGUGGCCCCAAACGCCCCGAAUGCCCCAUUGUACAUUGCCUAUAGUAGCACAGUUGUCGCGACAACUCGCGAUCUCAUUCAGUAAGUAUGUGUGUCUGUCUGUGUUUAAUAGUUAAAGCUCUAGGAUCACCGUCAAUCGGUGUGUGUGUAAGCGUCCGCGUGACACGCACCGUGCACCUUGUAAAUAGCACACGAAAAAUAUACAUGCAUACAUCUAUAUUUACUCGCAACAGAAAAGCAACAACAAAAAAAAGUCCCCCAAAAAUACACACAAAAUUACUUUCGAGGCACAGGUAGGACAUUAAGCAUUUACAAAACCCCGUACGUACUGCUCACACAGACAAACUGCUCAUUCCAAACACAUUGUCGCGAAGGUGAAGCUGAAGAAGACACCAGCAACAACAUCAACCAAAAGGAAAUGAAAUUCCUUUGCUCAGUGAGGUGUGAAGUAAGAAGUAGCAAAGUAAGAAGUAACACGGUUUUCCCGCGCUCUUUCACUCUCAUUGGUGGCACCUUACUUUUGCUGUGAAUGGUUCAUACAGUUCAGGCACACCCAUACACACUUAUCUAUCUUCUCAUGAUACAAUUUUUAACACAACACGCCACAUCAACGUUGAAUGCGUUGAAUGAAAGUGAAAGUGAACAAAAGAAACAAACAGACAGAAAUAAAAACAGUAGAAUAAAGCUCCAAGACAAACAAAGUUAAAGAAGAGGCUUUGGUCGUGUCUAGCAACAGAAAAACGCGUAUAGCACUAGAUGUGCUUUCGAAAAUGUAAGCCAAAAUUAAAUGAAAGAAGACAGCAACAGCAACACAACACGAAACGCUACUGUAAACCAGAACAACAACAAAAAUAAAACAAAACAAGAAAACAAAGCAAACAAAUGAAAGCAAAAACCAAAACAUCAAAAGAGAAGAAUGUGUCGUGGUACAGUCGUGGCGCGCCCCUCCGGCAUUGCAGCGGGAGGUGGCUGCAAGGGGCAAGAUUUGAAAUGAAGACUUUUUAUAUAUUUAAGUAUUAUAUUAUAUGUGAAUGUACCUAUGGCGAGCAGCAUGUAAAUCGUAAGGGCACCCUUUAUACGGUAAGUACCACUAAAAAACCUACACACUACUAUUACUUGAUAGUAAAUAGGGCGAGCAAUGCAAAGUAAAAGAAGAAAAAAAAACAGACAAAAAGAGAAAGAGAGCAAGAGGCAGAGAGAACAAGGAAACUAAAAACGGAAAACAAAACACUAGCAAAAACACACAAAACGCGCGGGAAGAGUUGUCUAGUUGCAACCUGCUGCAGCAGCAAAACCAGUAAAAUUAAUUGAAGCCGUGCAGCAUCGAAGGGGCAGGCUCAGAUGGAGAGAAUGUCGCCUAAAAAACACAUAACACAAGACGGUACAUAUUUAGACGUUAGCGUAAAGAUAACAUUUCAGAGAGGAAGAGGAAAAUACAAAAACCAUCCCCCAUACCAAGAAAAGCACAGUGUUUGUGUGUGUGUGUGUGUUGUGAGGAGCUGUGUAGUAGUGGGAGAGAGAGCAAAAAACAGCUAAGCAAAACAACAACUAACAGAGCAGGAAGGAAGUAACAGUUGAGGCAUACAGCCUACACGACAAAACACACAUGCAGACUAGUUACUUUAAUGAUGAUUGAUGCCAGCCAGGUGGUAAAAUAUGAAGUAAAAUAAAAUAUUGACUUUAAUGGUAAAUGAAACGCACGAAGCCGCCCGCCCUGCCGGGUUUCCGGUGUGCGGUGGUAAAAAAAGAAAGAAGAAACAAACAAAAUCGUACAUUGCGGGCGCCAGAAUCAAGUGGAAAUAAAGAAACACACACCAUACGUCCCCUCGGCUGGAGAGAAACGAAGAGAAGGCGGACGGCUGAGUACACGUGGCCUGGCCGUAAAGGCAAAAUGGCAAACUGACAGCACGACAGCAAUGGUGAUGAUGACGAUGAUGAUGAUGAUAGUUGACUACGUAAACAGAAGUGGAGGAAAAAGAGAAGAAGAAAAACAAGGAAAAGCGAGAAAAAGAUGUAGAAGAAUAGAAAAAAAUCAAGCAAGAAGAAUUAGGAGUAGAGAAAGGAACAGAGGCAGAACAGAAGAAAAUGGAUAUCUGAGACGACCCUCGUUCUGCUGCUAUCUCCGGGGAUAUGACGUAGGAUAGAUGGCCGUGCGUGACGCGCAAAUUCUGUAUGAUUAUUGUACCAGUCCACAACAAUUCGGAAAAUAAAAACAAAAUUAAUACAAAACAAAA